UGCGUAGAGAGUCUCUACAGAGUAUUUUCAGAGUAGAAGCUUCACUAAGCUCUCUAUCCUACUUACUGCUGUCUCCCCUCUUCUCUUUGCAUCUGUCUAGUGCUUUCUCACUCCCAUGGCUGUCUUGUUUAAAAUGUCUGUGGCUUUGGGUUUCUUUGUGGGUCUUAUGGUGCUAAGUUUGGCAAGCUCAGCUAAGUUUGAUGAGCUUUUCCAACCUGGUUGGGCUAUGGAUCACUUCAUCUAUGAAGGAGACCUCCUUAGACUCAAACUUGAUAACUAUUCUGGUGCUGGGUUUGCAUCAAAGAGCAAGUACUUGUUUGGAGAAGUAACCAUGCAGAUUAAGCUUGUCGAGGGUGACUCUGCUGGGACUGUCACUGCUUACUAUAUGUCAUCGGACGGUCCAAAUCAUAAUGAGUUUGAUUUCGAGUUCCUAGGCAAUACCACAGGUGAACCCUACCUUGUUCAGACCAAUGUUUACGUGAAUGGUGUAGGCAACAGGGAGCAAAGGAUGAGCCUUUGGUAUGACCCCACCAAGGACUUCCACUCGUACUCCAUCCGUUGGAACGAGCGCCAAGUUCUAUUUCUAGUGGAUGAGACCCCAAUAAGAGUGCACACAAACAUGGAACACAAAGGAAUUCCCUUUCCUAAAGAUCAAGCCAUGGGCGUAUACAGCUCGAUAUGGAACGCUGAUGACUGGGCCACGCAGGGUGGCCUUGUCAAGACUGAUUGGAGCCAUGCACCAUUCGUUGCCUCCUACAAAGGCUUCAAAAUAGACGCAUGCGAGUGCCCAGUGUCGGUGGCGGCAGAUGAGAAUGCUAAGAAAUGUAGCAGCAGUGGACAGAAGAGGUUCUGGUGGGAUGAGCCUACAAUGUCCGAGUUAAGUUUGCACCAGAGCCACCAACUCUUGUGGGUCAGGGCCAACCACUUGGUCUAUGACUAUUGUAGUGAUACUGCUAGGUUUCCUGUCAUGCCUGUAGAGUGUGAGCACCAUCGCCAUAGCGAUGGUGCUUAGUUCAUGGCUAUGGAAGGGCGUGGUUCUGUUGGGUGGGGUGCAUUGUAAAUAUUUGUUGUAUGGGCCAGGGGAUGUCGUCAUAGUCAUAAAAACAUGUACUCCAUGUUUCAUAUUUUGGUUUAUUUAGUUUCCACAUUGUAUGAUAAUCUCAUAGACUAAUAGUCUUUUUGUUUCUGUUGCGUAACCUCA